AUGGAAAUGCCGGCCGUUUCAGAGUCGCAUGAACCGGAUCAACGUCCGAAUCUCAUAUGUAUACCACAACUUUCUCCAGAUAUUGAAGAUCCAGACCGGUACUCUGUACAGGGCGUUGUUACACUUGUGUGGCCGUUUUCCAGCUCGAAUCGCGUACUCAGCCUUCUCCUCGCCGAACCAGACUUUCGCCUCAGAAACCAAAACGGGCAGGUCAAGGUGACAUUUUGUGGGCGAUGUGCCGAGGAGGUUGCCCGCACCAAAGUUGGUAUCGGGGAUACAGUCACGUUGGGCUUGCAGGGAGCGCAAUGGACAGAGAAUCAGAAAGUUCAGUCAACUCCUGGGAAGUCACUCCGUUGGGAAUUGCAGUUCAAUUUUCGGGUGAAGUUUGAGGUAGGAAAGUGGCUAGCAACUAGGAACGGGAAAACGACUGCUGCCGUUGAUUAUGAGCAGCCAGCGUCACCCAAACAAGAUGCGCAACAUAUUGAGUCCAUCACUCCUGCGCAGCUCUCUGGCCGUCUUCCCUCCCCGACUCUGUCUCAGGAGCGGUGGGAAACACCUGCAUUUCUGCGUAUGAAACGACUUCGAUCGGGGAGCCCUGUACCUACUUCCGCCUACGAUAUCCUCGCAGAGGAGGAUGGAUAUAUACCCGGCAUAGGUAGAAAACGGCCGAGGUUCAGUUUUCCGAGUAGCGAGUGGCGAUUGCUGGACGAAUCUGACGAUCAAUCAGAAGAUCUCAUUGGGAAUAACGAGAAUUGGUUCGACUCCGACGAGGAAUUGCUAGACCGAGAUGCGGAUGGGAAUAUUAAUGCAGCAUCAGCUGACCCCGCCUACGAAUCCGAGGACCCUACUGGGACGCUACCCCAUACCAGUCUUGUGGAAGAUCGGGUGGGGGAUAACUUGCAACUUGCUGAGUCUGAUACAGCUGUACAGGGGGUGCAAAUUGUAUGUGACAAUGUCGAGGAAGUCGAAGUUGAAACGCCUUCUUUGGAACAAACACCCGUUGAGCCUAAUUUACCAGAUGCUCGGCUCUCCUUUGCAUUACCACGUCUGGAUCAUAUAGCCUCUUCGACUUUCCCAACACCAUCACCUCUGGUCCACACGCCCGCAGACUCUCCGAACCUUUCCGAUGUAUUGCUUAACAAUAUACCAAAUCCCCGGCCGCAAUCCUCCCAAGAAUUCACCGAAUCUGCCGAUCAGAGCAAUCAUGUCAAUGUCUCAUCUGAUGUCUACAGCAACCACUUCUCGGCUGCUGCGGAAUGGCAUGAAUUGGAUGCUCAAAACAGAAUGAAUAAACAGGGCUUGCAGAAAAAUCUGCAAUCAGUAUACGUAGAAGUGAAUUCUCACGAACUGUUCAACGAUGGAAACACUGUGCAAGGCGCCCACGAGCACUAUUUAUCUUCGGAACCCACUCACGCAGGUGAAUGUUCUGCAGAAAAUGGCGAUGGACCCACGGUUUUCGACAGUAACGGGCCGGAAAUCACGAAUGAAACAGAAGCGGACGGAGACGGAAAAGAUCAUGAAUCAAUACAGGGAGACCGUAUUGAACAAAGUGGCGGCGAAAUCACGAAUGCGUAUGACUCUAUUUCUGAGGAUGGCAAAGAUGGUGAUCUCGCUGGGUCGGAGUCGGACGAUGUGGAUGACGAUGCAUCAUCACAUGCGGAGAUCAUUAGUGUUGGCGGUUUUAGUCCUGUUGGCUAUAGAAGAGAAAGUGGGCAGGUCGAAGAGGAGGAGGACAAUGAAAGCGACUCUGAAGACGGAGGCUUUUCCGAUGAUGCCGAAGGGGAUGAAGAUGACAUUAUGUCUAAACAAUCUGAAGAAUCCGGUCCUGGAACUGGAUAUGAUGAGGGGAGUGCUGACGAUGCUUACCGAGAGAAAUCACCAUUGAGAAGUCCGCAUCCUACCGUCCACCCGGAAGUAAUCGUAUUAGAUAGUGAUAGCGAAGAUGAGCCUCGUCUAAUGACAGCACCUUCGGCAAAGGAUAGCAAUGACGCCACCAAUGACACAGGAUUGUCCCCACAGAUUGAUGUCGCCGACGAUCAGAAUUCAAUCCAGAGCAUCGAUGACAUGGAAGAAGAUAGAGAUGCAUACAACGAUGGGGAAGAUGAAAAAAGUGAUGGAGACAUGGUGCCAAGCGAAAUCGAUACUCAGGAGCACGAAGACGCCAAUGAUGAACAUUUACUACGCCAUACUGUGGACAGCCUAGCCGCAACGGGUUAUGCACAAGCAGAAGAGGAUUGUGAACACAAAGCUCCUGCUAGUGACAUGGAUCAGAUACUGUCAAAGCCAGGCGAUUCUGACAGCGUAACUGGACAAUUAGACGCGACGAAAGUGCGACCGAAACCUAGCGCCACAAGCACCAUUGACAACAAUACGACGCAUGAAGAGCAAGAGCAUGGCAGCGUUUUGGAUGUUGACAAUAUGCCAGUUGAUCACGGCGAUAACGAGGAUCAGUGUCCGGCCUCAGAAGGUCAAAUAGCCGUCCAAGAGCAAUUUACCAGCUCGACCCAGCGACUGGCAUAUCGAAAUGUGUCUCCAAUGCCGGUACCUACUCCUCCAUCAGCAGUCAAAGGCGAUUCUCAAAACAGCCAUCUCGGACCUACGGCUCUACUUUCAGUGGGUCAUGGCUUAUCGCCACCAUCGGAGAUGGUUGAGUCGGAAGUUGUCGAUGAUAACGGCCACUGUCGCUGGAUUGAUGGCUCGGAUGAGAGGCCUUCACAAAUUUCUGACAGGCAAUUAUCAACUGAGGAGUACCCGGUUCACCAUUCUGUUGAUGAAGGUGGGAACGUCUCAGAGAAGCUCGACGAAGUCGUUCUAGUAGAGAACCAUACAUUGAGACCGACAGAGACUGAGGAUUAUGAGGUAGAUGAGAUGAGGCAGCGCGGCUUUCAAGAAGAUCACACGUCCUUCAUCGACGAAACGACGAAGUCGCAAAUCUACCUUCCUCUGGCUACGCUCGUUGGACGGCUUCACAAGACAGUUGACGUUAUUGCCGUUGUUGUCGAUGCGUCACCUGUUGAGUUCUUGACAACUACAACUAAAGGAUAUAACAUGCAACUACGAGUUACCGACAUGUCUAUGGCGGGAACAACAAUCGUCGUCAAUAUCGUCCAGCCAACAGAAACAUCACUACCUAGAGUGACGGAAGGCGACGCGGUUGUGCUUCGUGCUUUUGAAGUCCAAACUUAUAAUAGUUCUAUUGAACUGCUAAGUUCUGGCGACAGUGGUUGGGUCGUUAUAUCUCCCCAAGCUGACCUGCCUCAUAUUACUCAUUCGAACGUGGUCUUUGAAGAAAAUGAACAUGUAUACGUGGAAUCACUGCAGAAAUGGUUUUGUGAAGCCGGCGCUGCAAUGGCAGCCGACCAUAUGCUGCAGCUCUCUGUCAGUCAAGACCAGGAGCAGUUUUCGCCUUUUAGCGCGGCAUCCAGUGAUGCUGGCAGCUUGGAGUCAAGCAGGAGCGGACCUGUGUCACGGCCCCGUCCGCGACGAAGGAAAAGUCAUCGCCGAGUCACAAUACACGAAUUGAGAGACGGGCGGAGGUAUACUGAGUUUGGAUGGCUAGACAGCGACUCCAUACAUGAGCUGCGGGAUGGAACAGUGUAUACACACUCGUUUGAGAGAGAUAGAUGAGGUCUCCUGUAAUUAAAUUACAUUCAAUUGUACAUAUUAUCUAUUGUUCACCUGGGCACUCGCUUCUUAACAAUUCCGGGCAGCAUCUAGUCACAGUGGGUAGU